AUGCACCCGCGAAAUGCAGCGUUUGCGAGGGCCGCGAUAGGCCGGACAACCUUUCGGAUAUUUGCACGGUGUGAUGGCUUCGCAAAGUUGUUUCGCCGGGAGGGGGCGGGUGGGUUCCAGGCGGUCAACGUCACAGGCGGAACAGCGCCCAUGUCAGCCAUGAAUCCCAUGGGCAUGAUGGGCAAAGGCGGCUUUGGGCCCAUGAUUGCAGGCGGCAGGGUUUUCAAUCGGCUUCCACUGCAUGUGUCACUUCAGCUGCUAGUGAAGACUUAG